AAAAAACAAAAAUCAUCGCACAUAAUACAAUAACUUGAAAAAGGCGGAGGGAAAGAACGUUAUUGAAUCAAAAUGAAGAGUUGAAAAUGCGCACUGAAAAAAACGCACUUAGUAUUUGCAAAUAUUUGACAGUAUUUUCAAGUAUUUGUUAAUGUUUUCUAUUUUUUUUAAGUGGUAUAUUUUUCACGUGUUCUUCAAACGUCAAAGUGAUUCUUGUGAGCACGGGAGUGAUUUGUUGAUUACAUUGAGAUUAGGUUAAGAGAAAUAAAUCAAAAAACUAUGACCGGUUUCCUCACAUUUUGCAUAAUCUUAUUCUUCCUUUAUUGUUGUUUCACCUGGAUUGUUCCAAGACUGGUGGCAUGGUUGGUGAAACGUCGUUACAAAAUUUACCUGCGUGUUGGUCACAUCUCUCUGCCUUAUUUUGUUCUUCGUGAUGUUAAUAUCACCAAAAAUGGUUUUACAUUGCAAAUCGAAGAAAUAAGCGUACGAAGUAGUUUAUUCAGCAGUGACGUAGCAAAAUUGUUAGCUGUUAUUAUGCGAGAUGUCAGAAUAAACAAAGAUGUUCCAGUUGACACAACGUGCAAAAUAAAGCAAUCCAAUGAACUGUUGGACUUUAGAAAUAAGAAGAUACCUCCUAUAAUUAUAACCUUUGUACAGUUUAUGGCUAUACAUGUAGAAAAUAUAAGUCUGCUUGUUCUUGGCGACGGUUGGUUGGCCAAUGGUAAUGCGGAAAGUCUCAAUUUGGACGGCAGUAUUGUACAUGGGGCGCGCACACUCUUAGCAUCCGCUUCGAUUGUAGGCGGUGCUAUGAAAUUACUGCGACAUGCUUCUGACGCGUGUCUCUCACAAAUAACAUUUGCCGGAACGGUGGAAGCCACAUUAAAAGCUCAGGGUGAACUUUCAGUUGAGACAUUAUGUAUUGGAAUAACACAAACUGAAGGAUCCGGCGGUGUUGGCCUCAUUCAAUUCUUACGAGAUAGAAGAACAUCGAGCGCCACAUCAUCUUCGUAUAGGAAUGUAUAUAACUCGUCCGAUAACUUAAUAGCUAGACUAGCACCCAUUUUACCAAAGGAUUUUACGUUAAAAAUCGGCAAUUCGUUGAUAAUAGCUGGCAGGGAAGAUGGCAGUAUGAUAGGCUUGGAAGGCACUUUGAGAAGUCUUCAAAUCCACGCGAAAUUCCAAGCCGAUAUAGCGAGAUUGAAUUUUGCCAUGAGUUUGGACGGUCUGUGCGUGCGCGGAAAACUUCCCAUUUUAACUCUGCAUUCGCUGUCGAUUGACACAAAGAUGGAAAAGAACGUUUUGUUUGUUUCUGUGCAAUUUAACAAUCUGUCGGUAAUAUACGAUCACAAGGAUUUUGAAUCGUUACUUUACACUAACGAGAAUGACAUUUCAAAACCUGUUAGCGAGAUAUCGCUCAAGGACAGAUUACCGAACUUCGAGGUAACGUUGAAUAUCGAACUGUACGAUUCUUCGUUGAAUAUUAAAUUGCCCAACGUGCAAGAGGCGUCUUGCGGUGUUACGCAUAUGAAAUUUUCCUUAAAUUCGUCUACAGACAAGGUCGAAAGUGUAAAUACGGAAUUGGUCGUCGAAUCUUUGUACUGCGCUUUGAAUGGAUCUAAUAGCAACGUCUCCGAGAUCUCACAUCAAUGGGGCAGCCCGCUUUCGAUCGGGGUAUUGCUGGCAACGAGUCACAGCAACGCCAUGGGGAUCGCGGUUGAUGCUCUUGUCACGGAAUGGAGUUUGGAGCUUGCAAAGUUUUUCGAACAAGCUUACAAGUGUUACAAGAAGUGUCAGCAACCCUCGGAAACGAAGAAGAAAACUAAAAGAUUAACAUCGCGCAACCCUCUUCAACUGAAUCUUAAAGCGACGAAUUGCAAUCUAUUCUUUAUCGCGGAAAACGAACUGUCCAUAAUGAUGCGUCUGGAUAUAGCGACUCUGGAACAAAAUGCAAAGCGAUUCGUAGGCGUGGCGGAAGGUGUGAGCGCGAUAACCCUGAACAAAAACGAGCCGAUCAUGUGUCAACACGCGCAAGCUCUGACCCAUCCGUUUCUGGCGAUACGAAAGUGUAAGGCCGCGAUCAGUUCCGACGUUGUAAACAUCAGCCUCGAUGGCACCAAUCUGGAGUGGAGUCCUAACUUACAUCUCCGCUUGUUGCAAUUCUGGAUGGAAUCUGAAGAUUUCAGAUCCAUCAUCACGAAAGAGUUAAACGCAGCUCGUGUCGAAGAGGUAGAGAAGAAGAAGAAGCGCGUCGUCGAUUUGCUAGCCACGAGUGGAAUUACCGUUUCCAUAGACAUUUCUACCAAACACUUCUUGAUAUUGACGUCCGAUCAUCUGCGUUGGUCGCAGGGCGAAUGGAGACUCAACUACGUUCGCGUAACCUUGGAUAUGGCAGAUAUAAUUAUGAUUGAAGGUUUUGACAUGAUCCGAGUAGCCGACAACGCGGAAGUGCGAAUGGAGAGACAGAGCAACGAGGGUUUCGUGUUGGAUUGGAAUGAGUGUUGGGCGUUGAACAUAGCGUCGAUAAAAAUUUGCUUUCCGUACGAGCAUCAAUUCACAAAUGCGAUACAAAACGAGUUGUUCAGCAUCAGAAAGUGGCUGAAAGAAAUCCAUUCUGCGAACAGGCGCGAUAAAGAAUUUUUGCCUUGCGAUUUGAUCAUCAAAAUUAAAGAAUGGACGUUCGAGCUCACCGAUGAUCCGUUCGAGGUGCGCUUACGCGAUAAUUACGAACUGUUGGAGGACGAGUACAAGGAAAGUUUGAAGCGACAGGCAAUGCUGGACACCAAGGUGCAGGAGCUCUGUCGUGCGCAUUUGCUGCUCCCGCAGGGUAAAGUCGAGGAAUUAUACGCCAGUUUGAGUAAAAAGAAUGCGGAAAUCUACGUACAACGAUGGAAACAAAUGCAGCGAGCCGGUCCCGCAAGAACUCGUCUGUUCGCAUGGACUAUGUUGGAUUUGGAAAUAUUAGCUUUGGCCGACCCGUCCAUAAACGGAACGGAAAGAUCGAUAAAAGCACUCCGAGAGAUGGAUCCGGAAACACCUUGGCCUGAGGACGGUUUGGAAUUUAACACGUUGUGGGUGCGAGGAAUCAGUCUGAAAUGUGCCGAGUGGAAGCUUCAGCUUCGUGAUUUUCCUCAGCCGCUGCUUCUGGUGGAAAAUCUGAACGUGUGGGGCAGAUUGGCGGGAGCUGAGGCUCUGGCGCCGUCGAGAGCGAAGAGAACCGUCAGAAUCGAAAUUGGCGCGCCAUGGGAAGAUGUGGUGAUUGAGAGAGGAAUGACGUCCUUGAAGUAUUAUCACGAUCUCAAUUGGGACAUCGACAAGUUCAGAUACGCGUUCGGGCCAUGCUGGGAGCCGGUGAUAGCGCAGUGCAAUCUAAGCUUCGAGAAGAUCUUCCAUCCGUCAAGAGAUCCGAGUCCGCCUUUGCCGUUCUGGGAUAAAAUGCGACUGGCUCUUCAUGGCAGAUUGACGCUGUGCGUGAAACAGUUGACGAUAUUGCUGCACGGCUCGUUGGAUCCGUACAACACUACGGAAGAGAUGGAACUUACGUGGAGCGGACUGGAACUCGACUGGACGCAGGGAAGAAUCAUUAUUAAAGGCGAUUUCGAUGUAUAUGUACGCACAGCUAGUAAAUACGAUGACUGUCGACUGUUGCAUCUGCCUAAUGUUCGAUUAAGUAUUAAACUAGCAUGGGUAUGUCUGGGUGAUCCACGUGAUCAUCAUGCCGCUGUGCCUUGCGCCCCGGAUCGAUUGCCCGAGUACUCGAGCAAUCAGGAACACGAUUCGUUCAGAGCGUUCCGUUCUCAGAAUCUUAACGUCAGUCUUUCGUUAGAGACUAAACCUACUGGUUCGCCUACGUUAACAAGCGCGCCGACGGUAUUGCUCUAUGGCAGUACGUUGAGAUGGUUUGAGAACCUCAAGUUGAUAUUGUCGGGCGCGACGAGACCUACGAGAAAAGGAGCGUUGUUCAAGAACAUCAGACCGAGGAAGAAGCAAUUGAGCAGACAUUACAGAAAGGUUCGAUUGACUCUAGCUUUCCAUCGUUUUCACGUCAACUAUUGGAUGUCGUUCGCUAUGCAGCGGGGUUUCGAAGUGACAGGUGGCAGAGUGGCGUGCAGCUCGGAGCACAAUCUAUCGUUGUAUCCGAUCGAUGACGGACUGCGCCAUCGGCCACGCGCGGAAUGGUCGGUUGUGUAUAUGAACUGCGAGUUGAGUGACGCUGAGAUCUGGUUAAAGAGCGCGCUUCAGGAAAAUGAGAUCGAAAGCGCGUCGCUGCGACAACCGGUCGAGAAGUGCUAUUGUUUGAGCGUAGCACGCGUCAGCUACGGACGUGAGGCAAUGGUUGCCGGUGUGAGCGGCGACACACCGAUUCAUCGAUUAGUCGUGCACGAUCUACGCGGUGCCUGGACCAAAACCAAUCGCGAUGUUGCUUUCGCGCUCUUCGACUCUUUCAUCAAAACUCAGCAGCUCAAGAAGAACUUGUCGACCGCAGCGCUCAAAGGUUUUCACAGGGACACCAGUUCGACGCCGCACAAAAAUCGCGCAACCAGACCAAACGUGGUCGAUCAACAAAGCACACCUACUCAAGUAACGGCAUCCUCGUCCGUGAAGCCGCAGCAAGGCGAAGCGGCGGGUAUGUUGCAGCGAUUAAUAGCAGAAGCCACAAACAAACCUGUUGCUUUCAGCGACGAUCUGUCGGUUCAGACUAGGGGACAACAGCUGCGCGGUUUGGCAGCAUGUCAUCAGGACGACGUCCUGCACAAGAACUGGCUAAUCGCUUUGGUGAAUAGUCAGGUGUUGUUGAAAGGCAUCGAGACCCGCGGCUACGUGAUUCUCUCGGCAGCCAAGGCGGAGAUACUGCAGAGGGUUCAUCAUCCGGUUUGGAAGGAGCGAUCUCUCGUUCCUAAAACAACCUGGGUUGGUUCCUUAGAAUGCAUGCAGUACUACGCCACUGUGAACGCAAACAUCGAUGACAAUAUCGACGACAAUAUUAUGUGGCUGACAUUGGACAACAUACAAGAAAAAGAUUCUACUAUCAUAGCCGGCUUACCGGACGUCCCGGCGUUAGUGGGAUCCGGUCAGAGCGUUGGCGGUGUGGUCAGUCAGACGGUUGGUGGCGGCGGCGGUACUCAACAUCAACUGCAGCGCAUAGUGUCCCGAUGUAAAUGCGAGUUUUUCUAUGUCGGUUACGGUCAGACCUUAGAUGUAGGCUCCAUAGACGAAAUUCCACCUCCACCUAGGGAGGAAGUCAGUCCGUGGGAAAGGAAAGACUUUUCCGCAGCUGACGCCUUCACGCUGAUGCAUCACGAUCUCGAUGUGUGUACCAACUCGUUGCAGUACGCUAUGAUCUUGGACAUAGUCAACAAUCUGCUGCUAUACGUCGAACCGAGACGAAAGGAAGCGUCGGAAAGAUUACAGAGAAUGAGAUUCCAACUGCAACUUCAUUCCGUCGAAGAUCAGAAGAGACCGAUACAGCAGCUGCAGAACACGGUGCGCGGUUUGGUAGCGAAACUGCGACGCUUGGAACGCGAAACGUAUUUGGUGCAAAAAGCAUUGGCUGACGAAUCGAGUCCGGAGUUAAUGACGGAAAUGGAACGUUUGGAGGCAAGUGUCUUUGAAUGCAAGGAACAACUUAGCGCCAAGGCGGAAGAAUUAGACGUGAUGCUGAGUUGUUACAAAGAGACCACUGCUCCGGCUGCCGCGUCAACCACAUUGAAGGACAAGCCAGCUGCGGUGGCCAGAGUGGCCGAGAUCUGCUUCAAACACGCACAGUGGAGGUUGACGGACGCGGACGGUCAGUUGGGUAUUGCGGAUCUUAUUUUGACCAAUUUUCUUUACACGAAAACGAGCAAGACCGACGAUUCGGUGGAGCAUCUGCUAGAAUUGGGAUACGUUCGGAUGAUGAAUCUGUUGCCGAAUCAGAUUUACACGGAAGUGCUCGUGCCGACCGAAUUGCAGAGCAACAUGCCUGUAGACCGGCAGAGAGCUCUUCGGGUGUUUUGCAGAGAAAAGGCGCCGGUGGCGGGUAUAUCGGUGAAAGAACACUUCGAGAUCAAUGUGGUGCCUCUUACGAUAGGUCUCACAAAAAAAUUCUUCAACACUAUGCUCAAGUUCUGUUUCCCCGAGAGAGAUCCUGAAGGCAUAGAAGAAGCGCCGGCGCCGCAACGUGAUUCAUCCUUUUACGUACCUAUUGAGAGAAGAGACGACGUAGAGAAGAUGAAAGAGAGAGCGGACAAGAACAAAUUGUUCAUAUACAUCAAAAUACCGGAAGUACCUGUUCGGGUGUCUUAUAAAGGUAACAAGGAAAAAAAUCUCGAAGACGUGCGCGACUUCGCGUUAGUUAUACCGACUUUGGAAUACCACAACGUGACGUGGACGUGGCUCGAUUUGCUCUUGGCCAUGAAAAGUGAUUCCAGACGUGUGAUAUUGAGCCAAGCUAUUAAACAGAAAUUGCAGAUAAAACCGAGAGGACCGCCCGAGGAAUCCGCGCCGCAGGAAGAGGACAAGGCUCGUCUUUUGUUGGGUACUCGGCACCUUCCUGGGGAUGCAAAAAAGAAAGGUGUAUUCAAGUUCAAAUAAGUUUAAAUAAAUUGUACAUAUUUCUCUUUAAUUUUAUCUCUAUGUGUAUAAAUAAAUUAAUUUAUUAUUAUAGCGUCGCGAUGAACGUCAUACAUGAGAAACUUUUACAUGUUCGGGUUUGUUUCUGUACAAAAUAAAAUUGUCGAUCUGUGUGUAGAUUUGUGUUGUCCUGAGACACAAAACGUCAAUAUUUAAAAAAAUUUCGUUUCCUCAUGUUGGCGCGAUUACAUUGGCAAGAAUGUAACGUCAGUAUAGAUACAAUAGUGAUUUGUUUAAGAACAUGCUUGAGCAUUUUGUUACUGUAUAUGUGACUUACUUUACAUAUGUAUGUAUAUUUAUAUUUA